AUGGUCAACCAUUUCGUUCAGGAAUUCAAAAGGAAACACAAAAAGGACAUCACCGGAAACCCUAGAGCUCUCAGAAGGCUAAGAACAGCUUGCGAAAGAGCAAAAAGAACUCUCUCAUCCACAGCUCAAACCACCAUUGAAAUCGAUUCGUUAUACGAAGGUGUUGACUUCUACUCCACCAUCACACGUGCCAGAUUCGAAGAGCUUAACAUGGAUCUCUUCCGAAAAUGUAUGGAUCCCGUCGAGAAAUGCUUACGAGACGCUAAAAUGGAUAAACGAAGCGUCGAUGACAUCGUUCUCGUCGGUGGAUCAACACGAAUACCAAAAGUCCAACAGUUGUUACAAGAUUUCUUCAGCGGGAAGGAGCUUUGCAAGAGUAUAAAUCCCGAUGAAGCGGUGGCAUACGGCGCCGCAGUUCAGGCGGCGAUUUUGAGCGGCGAAGGUAACGAAAAGGUACAAGAUCUUCUUCUUCUCGACGUCACUCCUCUCUCACUCGGUUUAGAAACCGCCGGCGGAGUCAUGACAGUUUUGAUUCCGAGAAACACGACGAUUCCGACGAAGAAAGAACAGGUUUUCUCAACUUACUCCGACAACCAACCCGGCGUUUUGAUUCAAGUUUACGAAGGAGAAAGAACAAGAACGAGGGAUAACAAUCUGUUAGGGAAAUUUGAACUUUCCGGCAUCCCUCCGGCGCCUCGAGGUGUCCCUCAGAUUUCCGUUUGUUUCGAUAUUGAUGCAAACGGGAUCCUUAACGUUUCUGCUGAAGAUAAAGAAGCUGAGAAAUAUAAAGCUGAAGAUGAAGAGCAUAAGAAGAAAGUUGAAGCUAAAAACGCUUUGGAAAACUAUUCGUAUAAUAUGAGGAACACCAUUAAUGACGACAAGGUUGCUUCAAAGAUUCCGGCGAGUGAUAAGAAGAAGAUAGAGGAUGCAAUCGAUCAAACGAUUAGUUGGUUGGAUGCUAAUCAGUUGGCGGAGGUAGAUGAAUUUGAGGAUAAAAUGAAAGAGUUGGAGGGUAUUUGUAACCCGAUUAUUGCUAAGAUGUAUCAGGGCGGUGGUGGUGGUCCUGAGGCGGCGGCGGCGGCUAACUCUGGCACAGCUCCGGCUGGUGGGCCGAAGAUUGAAGAAGUUGAUUAA